AUGGCUAGGGCAAACCACAUACCUGAUGAUCUUAUGUUCUACAUUCUGUCAAAAUUGCCGGUGAAAUCUCUGAAGAAGUGUGCAUGCGUAUGUAAAUCAUGGUCCCUCUUAUUCCAAAACCCUAGUUUUAUGAGUAUAUAUCGCAGCAAAUUCUUAUCCUCUCAUGAGGAUAUACCUCUCAUGGUACUGUACCGUGAAGAUCAGAAUGAGUUGUACUCUCUAUCCGGCAAGAAGUUUGAAAAAAUGGUGAAAUUAGAUUGGCCACCUCCAAUUGAAAGGAAUGAUAUUGUUUGUCUUUUGGAAUCUGGCAGUAUCAAUGGCGUUCUUUUUCUCUGCCAAGGGUCUACAAAAGUUGUGCUGUGGAAUCCUGCAACCAGGGAAUUCAAGGUGGUUCCUCCAAGCCUUUUUGAGUUACAACCUAAUGACCGUGCUCAUGUUCGUUUUAAUGGAUUUGGUUAUGACCCUGUAAGAGAUGAUUACAAGGUGAUUCUACAGGUGUAA